AUGGAAAAGAGCGUCAAGAGCAAGGGAGGUAUCGACGUGUCGGCCGCCGACGAGCGCGACUACCGCCACAUCGAGCUUCCAAACGGUCUCUGCGCGCUGCUAGUCUCGGACAAGGAUGCCGAAAAGUCGGCUGCGGCCAUGGAUGUACGCGUCGGCCAUCAGAGCGACCCGGACGACCUCUUGGGCCUCGCGCAUUUUCUCGAGCACAUGCUCUUUAUGGGCACGGAGAAGUACCCGGACGAGAACUCGUACUCCCAGUUUCUGAGCUCGCACGGUGGCAGCUCGAAUGCGUACACGAGUGGCACAGACACCAACUACUACUUUGACGUGCGGCCUACGUACUUCCACGAAGCUCUCGACCGCUUUGCGCAGUUCUUCAUCUCCCCACUCUUCACGCCUGGCGCCACAGAGCGCGAGAUGAACGCGGUCAACUCGGAGAACAACAAGAACCUCCAAAACGAUGCUUGGCGUCUUGAUCAGGUCGUCAAGCACACGAGCAACUCAAAGCACCCGUACCACAAGUUUGGGACCGGCAACCUUGUGACGCUUGGUACGCGCGCGAAGGAAGAUGUCCGCGCUGAGCUUAUGGCGUUCCACGCAACGUUCUACUCGGCACGCAUCAUGAAGCUCGCAGUUGUCGCAAAGGAAGACCUCGACACUCUCGAAGGCUGGGUGCGCGCGCUCUUUAGCCCUAUCGCGGACACGGGCUCCAAGACGUUCAAGUACGACGGCGUACCAUUCGAGACGCCUCAGCUUCAGCGCCGUCUGCGCGUGAUGCCCGUCAAGGACCUGCGCACGAUCGAGGUCGCUUGGCCGUUGCCGCCCAUGCGCCAUGCGUACUUGGAGAAACCGACGAGCAUUCUCUCGCACCUUCUUGGUCACGAAGGCCCAGGCUCGCUUCUGUCGUACCUCAAAGGCCAGAAGUGGGUCAACGAGCUCUCGGCGGGACUCAUGAAGGACCACGACGACUGGUCGCUUUUCUGCGUCGAGGUCGAGGCAACAGACGUAGGCAUUGUGCACACUGACGACAUUGUGUUUGCAAUCUACCAGUACCUCGCAUUGCUGACGUCGUCGCCGAUCGAGCGCUGGGUCUUUGACGAGGCCAAGAACAUUGCCCUCAUGAACUUUCGAUUCCGGAGCAAGGAGACGCCGAUGCACUACGCAACUUCACUCGCAACCAAGAUGCAGACCCUACCGGUUCAGCACAUUGUCGCGGGGAGCUAUCUCUUGUACGACUUCAAUCCGACCAAGGUGCAUGACGUUCUUCGCCUUCUCACGCCUGCGCAAAUGCGCCUUACGGUCGUGAGCAAGACAUUUGCCAACUCGACGUCGCUUGUGGAGCCGUGGUACGAAACGCACUACAGCAAUGACGCGCUGGAACCGACGCUCGUGCGUCGCUGGUCUGCACCGACGCCCAACGCGGCGUUUGUGCUUCCGCACCCGAACGCGUUCAUCCCAAAGAACUUUGACCUGGUCUCGACGCCGACGCCAUCGCUGACGCCGGUCCUCUUGCGCGACGAUGCGCUCGGGCGUCUCUGGGUCAAGACGGACACGACGUUCCUCAAGCCGAAACUCAACAUUUGCAUGACGCUGCAGUCGCCGAUGAUUUACGUGUCACCUACUACCGCUGUUCUCACCGACAUGUUUGUGCGUGCCGUCAAAGACAAGCUGACGGAGAUCACGUACGACGCCGAGCUUGCGGGCAUGCGCUACUCGAUGUCGUUCAGCUCCAAGGCGUUGGAGCUGUACGGCGGCGGCUACAGCGACAAACUCCCGGCGCUCUUGACAGCCAUCGUGCAGACAAUGACGAGCCUCGAAAUUGACGACGAGACGUUUACGCGUAUCCAUGACAAGACGAAGCGCAGUUACGAUAACUUUGAGCGCGAAGACCCGUACAAGCACGCGCUCUACUUCAGCACGUGUGUGCUCGAGGCAACGAAGUGGACGGUCGCGGAGAAGGCCGCGGCCAUCGCCCACGUGACCAUGGCCGAUUUGCGCCAUCACGCGGCGACACUCUUCCGCCAAGCGUAUGUCGAAAGCUACUUCCACGGCAACGUCGACGCCACGUCCGCGGUCGCUUGGCUCGACGCAAUCCUUGCGCCAAUGCAUUCUCGCCCGCUCGUAUCGGCGCAGCGCCAAAAGAUCCGCGCUGUGCAACUUUGCCGCGGCCAUGACGCCGUCUUUGCUGUUCCGGAGCUAAAUCCGGAGAGCGUCAACUCGGGCGUACACACCAUGUUCCAGCUCGGGCUCGAGUCGACGCGUCUCCGCGCGCUGAACGAGGUCUUUGCGCAGCUAGCGAAAGAGCCGUGCUUCAACCAGCUGCGCACGAUCGAGCAGCUCGGCUACAUCGUGUUCUCGAGUACCCACCGCGCGCACGGUGUCGAGUACUACCGGCUCAUCGUACAGUCCGACGUCGCGCCGCCCGCGUACGUUGAAGCCAGCAUUGACGCCUUCUUGUUGUCGAUGCACGCUGCUAUUCUAAACCUUUCGGCGACCGAGUUUGUAAAAAACUUGAACGCAGUCGUCGACACGCUUCUUGAAAAGCCCAAGACCGCGUCCGAAGAGUGCUCUCGCUUCUGGGAAGAAAUCUCUGCCGAGACUUACAGCUUCUCGCGCCGCGCCGAUGUGGCGGCGGCAGUCAAGACGCUCACCGUCGCCGACGUCGUCGCCUUCUUGGACGAAUACAUCCUUGGCGAGCUUCGCGUCAAGUUUAGCGUACACAUGCUUGGGAAGCAUCAUGCCGUUGAGCUGCCUGCUGCGACGACGGCACCACUGUUUGCUGCGACCGACCUUACAGCCACUGUUGCGUCUCUCGUGCUUGACCAGUCCUUGACCCCAGGGCGCCGUUCGCAUGUGAUCCGCGACAUCAACCGCUUCAAGCACGCCCUUCCUCUCUUCCCGGAGCGCCCGUCAACGCACAUUUCCGUGCAUGUCGUCUCGGAACCUUGA